CCCCCCCGAGUUCAAAUAAAUGAAUAAUAAUAAUUGGGUGGGCGGGCUUGAGAAUAAUAAGGGGGAGGGGUGAGAAGGCGGGAAAACUCCCCCCCCCUUUAUUCUAUUUUAUAUUUUAUUUUGGAUUUGGCUCUUAUGACCCUUCGCCUCCCAGCGACUCCCCCCGCACAGCCCGGGCGAGGGAGGCGACUGUUCCGUAGAGGGUUUGAAAAACUUACUGUCCCAUGUCUGCUGGGUGACGGAGGUGCAACAAUUUCCCAUCCAGUCGCCAGAUUUUGUUAUGUAGCCACUCCAUGGCGUAUUUUAAAAAACCCUGGUUACAAAAGUGAACAGGUCAUAAAUAGUGUUUCUGAAGUAAUGUGUGAUUCACAGUUGUCCAUUUCUACGUAGGCUUCAGUUUGGACUCUGCCCUUCAUGAUUAGCCUGAGGAUCUCCCUUCUUCUGAUGUAAGCACACCAGAUGUUGAACACCAUGUCUGAGCCUAUGGGAGAGGAGCCAGUCUCCAAAGCCAGAGAACUCUGCCAUGAAUGUGGGCAGUGCCACUUGCUGCCAGACAAUCACCUUUAUAACUUCCAGGACGAAGUGGAUGAUGAGCUGGUUUGCCACAUUUGCCUUCAACCUCUGCUCCAACCUAUGGACACGCCUUGUGGGCACACAUACUGCUUUAAGUGCCUUGAAAACUUCAUGCAGGAGUAUAACUUCUGUCCUAUGGAUCGGAAAAAACUCUCCUUCCAGCAUUGCCGGAAGUCCAGCCUUCUAGUGCGGAAUCUGCUGGAUAAGCUCAUUGUCUUCUGCCCCUUUCAAGAUGACUGUAAACAUACUAUGCAACGAUGUGAACUAGAGGCUCACUUACAUAACAGGUGUCCUGGCUUCAAGAAAUAUAAAGCUCAGCUAGAAAGGAAAAGGAAUCCUCGUUCCAGAUUGAAGGGAGAUUCACUUUCCAGGGUGGAAACAAAUACUCUGAAAGAGCCCGAGAUAUCAAAUGGUGUGUCGUCCUUGGUGUCUGGAAGCUCAGUCGCUGCUGUGAUAUCCUUGGAGACAGCGGAACCUGGGUUGGUUAAUCCAGCUUUUGAUGGGAGUGAAGAAGAUUUACCCCAAAGAGCUAGUCUUUUAGCGGAGACAAGUACAAUUGAAAUUCACCCAGAAGAUCCCGAGGAAGAACUUGGAAUGCGUAUUGUUGGGGGUAAAGAUACCCCUCUCGGCAACAUAGUUGUCCAAGAAAUUCUUCGGGAUUCAGUUGUUGCUGCAGAUGGAAGAAUUGCACCUGGAGACCAUAUCCUGGAGGUGAAUGGUGUCAAUAUUAGCAGUGUGACUCAUAGCCAAGCAAUCUCCUUACUGCGCCAACCCUGUGCUGCACUCCACCUCAUUGUGCUGCAGGAGAAAGGGUUUACCACCAGGACUGGGCAAUCGGAUUCCAGCCCUACAGUAAACCAGGAAGCGAUCCACGUUUCCCUUGUAAAGAGAGACCGAUCUGAACCCCUUGGCAUCAAACUGAUCAGAAAAACAGACGAACCUGGGAUUUUUAUUCUGGACCUGCUAGAUGGAGGCUUGGCAGCCAAAAAUGGCAAGCUGCAUCAUAACGAUAAAGUGCUCUCUAUAAAUGGCCAGGAUCUUCGACAGGGAACACCAGAAGCAGCCGCACAGAUCAUCCAGUCUAGUGAAGCAAGAGUCAACUUUGUGGUUCUCCGUCAGUCUGGUGUGCAACUUACAGAUGCUGCUGAAGAUGGCAGCACGUCAAACAACAGCAGCAGCAGCAGUGGGGGGAGCCCUGUGCAUCAUCGCAGGAGACCUGAACAGACUCACUUCCGACGAAGAUCAAGCUACCAGAAGGCACUCCCUCAAGGAUAUCUUAGUCAGGAAAAGGUUGUUAACAUUAAAAAGGAGCCAAAAGAAUCUCUAGGAAUUACAAUAGGAGGCGGAAGGGACAAUAAAAACAAGCUCCCUGUUUAUGUCACUAGCGUGCAGCCUGUUGGAUGCCUCUUCAGGGAUGGAAGGAUUAAGAAAGGUGAUGUGCUUUUGAGUAUAAACAACAUUGAUUUGACUCAUCUGAGCUACAAUGAAGCAGUCUCUGCGUUGAAAUCGAAUGCAGCAUUGCACGCUGUGACCCUGAAAGCUCUGGAAAUUGUAGUACCAGAUCAGGCACCUGAAUCUACUGAGGCACCUGAUAGCCAGGAAAACGGGUUCACCUGGGCUAGCUGGGCUCCUCUGUGGGUCAUGUGGCUUGGGUUGCCUAGCCACCUCCACUGCUGUCAAGAUAUUAUCUUGCAUAAAAGCAACUCUGAGAGCUGGGGAUUCAGCAUAGUUGGUGGGUUUGAAGAAAAUAAAGGAAACCAGCCCUUCUUCAUUAAAACCAUCGUGCCUGGAACACCUGCCUUCUGGGACGGAAGGCUGAAGUGCGGAGACGAAAUUGUGGCAGUGAAUGGAGUGUCCGCUGUUGGAAUGAGUAAUGCCGAGCUGAUCCCUAUGCUUAAGGAACAACGGAACAAAGUCACUCUCACGGUGGUGUCUUGGCCUGGCAGUCGUGUGUAAGACGUUAAAUCUAAUUCAAACUUGAGUUCAAAGUUCUGAUGCUAGGUUUCAAGACUUGGAGUGAAAAACCAACCAAGGAAAUGGUGAGGUGGCUUAAGAGGCUGUUCUCCUCAAGGCAUUCACCAGUCUUAUUCUUCUGCCAAAGGCAAAAUAGCUUGUUGAUAGAAUUGUGAUUUUAGACCAAACUCUGGCAGUUGAAAGUCACAUUUCUGUGUGCAGUUAGAACUGUAAUGAUCGUUUCUCUUUCUCAGCGUUCUUGCAAACAUUAGAUAUUUGAACUCUGAGCCACGGCUUACUUCGCUCCUUAAAUCCUUUUUUGAUCUUGCUCAGAUAAGUGAUUGCGAUCAGUGCUGUAAAGAUUUGCAAGAUGGCUUAUUAUGGUCCCUGAUAGACUCAUUGGUGGUGGCUGAAGUUUAACUGUGUGCUCUCAGUGGUACCUUUUUCUAAAGAUGUUUACCAACAAACAUUGGUCAGUGUGGGCUACAUGUGAAGGGUUUAAUGGAAAUCCAACAGGACCAGCUGCUGCCUGCACUGUGCCUCUUAAGCUGAUUUUGCCACACUUUCCCUCUUGGUCAUAGAAUCCCUCCUAAGGAAAAAUGGCUUAAAAGUGGCUUUGUGCAGUGUUCAGCUGGUGCUUUACAACUCCCAACCCUACUUUGUAUGGAAUAGGCAGGACCUGGGUUUGAUUCCACCUCUAGUGGCUUUCCUUACUGGAAAGGGAGAUGAGGAUCAAUUUUUCAGAGAAGAAACCAACCCAAAUAGCCCUGUUCCUCUGCUGCUGCUGUUGUUCUCCUCAUCAGCCUUUAAAAGCAAGUGCCUCUCUUAUGAGGAACAGGGCUUUACUUUGCUGAAUGGUUCUGCAGCUAGCCCACAUCAUUGACUACCCCUGUAGAUACACUUGGCUAUUUUAAGAGUCGCAUGGCAGGUAGAGCUUCAUCUGGUGCACUAUCUUUCAAAGUAUGAGGAUAUGGUGGAGAAAGCCAUAUCUGUAGGUAAAAACUCAGCCAUUCAGUAAAACACCAACAAGACUGAAGGCCCCAUUCAUACUGGAAGUGGUAAAGUCCUCCUGCAUGAACUCCAACACCUUAUUUUAAUGGGGCACACCAUUGAUAGUGUAAUGUUUAAGUAGGCAUUAUAUGUAAGGCAAGUGUAAUUUUCACGUGAGGUAGACGGGGUUUUGCAUAGAAGUGAGGUCUACAAGUCAUGUCAUGAACACUAAUGGAUGGCUAAUUCAUACUUAAAUGAGUUUUUAAAGGACAUUAACUUCUUCUUCAGUCUGAUCUACUGAUAAGGGUGACCACUAUUGAUUUGAGUCUUGGAAUCUGUGCUCUCCAAUGUUCCUUGCAAUGGUCGUAAAGAGAGAUCAAAUGCCUUUUUCAAAUGAAGGGGCUGCCUGCCUGAGUGGUACCACUUUCCUUCCUUGUCUUAUUUCAAGGUGCCUUCUCCAGUCACCACCAGGAAGUCUAGUAGUGACUAUAUUGCUGUGCACCAAAGAAUGUGUAGGACCUUGUUAACAGAUUUUUCAUGGUUUUGCAUUUAUAAAUUAUUCUGAUGUCA